GCACUUAUCUGCGUGCUGCUUUGCAUCUUAUUUGCAUACCGAGCUGUUCAGUCGACGUCUACACACGCCCCCGCCCCCACGCAGACCAGGCUUGGGUUUCCUCUCUGUCGGUCCCCUCCUCGACACACUUCUCUGUUGUUAGUCCCCCUUCCAGACCCCGUCUUGCUCCGCAAGUUUUUGCACCCAUGAACCCUUCGCCGGCGCCCCCAGACCAGUAAGAGCCCCUUCCCUGGGUCCCCGAUCCCGACCACCAGGUUCUCCAGAAGACAAUACUCCAAUUCUCUGGGAAGUGGAAGAAACCAAGCCGGAGCUAGGGGUGCGGAGGGACCCCAGUCCGGGCUUUGAGAGCUUCGAGUUGUCGAGUCAUCGCCUAAGGUCCCCAGACUUCCAAGCGGAUUGAGAAGAGGAGCCCCAGGGAUUUCCCAAGCCAACCCUCCAGCCUGUUAGGACCUUGAUGUCCAAAAGACAGCUGAAGGAAGGUUUCCAACCCCCUCAAGACAUUCAUGGAUGGAUGAGAGGAGCUGAUACUGACCUCCCCCUCUGUGACCAUCUUCUCUUCGGCCAUGGAGGAAGUCUUGCUGCCCCUGGCCAUGACCUCUGACCCCAGGUCCUUUAAUCAACAACUCCCAGAGCCUCCAGAUCCAAGAUGUGUCUUGGAGCCCCAGGACAAUCCUGAAUUGGCACCUGCCCUGGUGUGUGCUCUUUGCUGCUGCUUUGGAAUCAUCUACUGCUGCUUCGGCUACCGCUGCUUCAAGGCAGUGAUGUUUCUCUCGGGCCUGCUGUCAGGAGCUCUGGUGAUCUUCCUGCUGUGCCACAAGGAGCGAGUGCUAGAGACACAGCUGAGCCUGGAGGUGAGCGCGGGCAUUGCGCUGGGCAUCGGACUCCUCUGCGGCCUGGUCACCAUGUUGGUUCGCAGUGUUGGGCUCUUCCUGACUGGUCUCCUGCUAGGCCUAACUCUGGGCGCCGGGGUCCUGCUGAGCACCGAGCCCGUCUACCAACCACCUUCAGCCUGGGUGCCGGCCGGGGGGCUGGUGGGGCUGGCGUUGCUGGGAGCCCUGCUCACGCUUCGAUGGCCACGUCCAUUCACAGUUCUGGGCACAGCCCUGCUGGGUGCUGCGGUGCUGGUCGCCUGUGCUGACUACUUCCUGGAGGGGCUGGCACUGGGCAGUCGGCUAGGCCAACGCUUGCAGGCACUUCCAGCCUUGCCUCCUCUCUGCUGGUAUAGCUGGGUCUUGCUGGGGACCUGGCCAGCCCUGGGAGCCCUUGGGGCCCUGGCCCAGUGGAAGCUCAUGGACGAGGAACAUGGAGGCCACGCCAAUGUGGUCUUGAGCCACCAGCGAAGGCAUCUCCAACUCCUUCGGAUCCAUCAGCAAGAGGCCAAGUGGCACCGGACCUCCCCUGGGGUGGGGCUCUGUGAAGGCAGCUACCGGCGCCAGCUCCCCCACAAUGCCCGGAGCCCUGCUGACAGUCUGGCUCCAAGUUAUCUCCAGAGCCUUCGAGAGCGCCAACUAGGACCAGGCACCCAGGCCACAGCCCCCCACACCAUCCUGGACCUGGAUUCUGACUGUGGUUCCACUGUACCCCUCACCACACCUGGUUCCACCCAGACCUGAACCUAAACCUCCAGUGAUGCCCCCACCCCUAGCAAGGGCCUGGGAAUACUAGGUGGGCAGGGUCUGAGCCCACAGGACCCACACACAAACUUCCUCACCUCUUGGAUUGGAGAUAGAAUCUGUGCUUCAACCCAGACCAGCCCUGUAGGGAUAUGUUUCAGGGAAGACAGAGAGGAAUCUUGUGGGUAGGGGAGAAGAAUGGAAGUAUGAGUACUUACCUCUGUCCCAUAACAGAGGUGCCCUGGUCCCUGAAGCAACUGACUCCCUAAUUCCCUCCAAACCAAGGAGGCCCUUACCCAAAUAGCCUUUUAUAUGCCUGCCUCAGUGUGCCUCACAAUGGUAAAAUACGGGGUUUUGUUUUUGUACGAUGUAUAUAAAAUCAGGAAGCCUCCUAAAGCACUUAAUAGCUUUUUGUUGGGGAGAAGGGCACAGAGGAGCUCCAGGACCCCCUAAUCCCCAGGCCCCUCAUUAGGGGGUAGUUGGGUUCCUGGCCAGCCUUUCCCCCGGACCUGAUAGGCUCAAGCCCCCUUCUGCUACCUCAGUUGGGGGUCUGUCCUCCGUGGUGCUUCUCUUUCUCUCCUUCUUAACGUGAAGAAGACCACGGGAUAGUGCCUGGCUCAGCACCACCUACCCCAAAGACUGGCUUCUUGCUCCAGGGAGAGAGCAUUGACCAACAUGCCAGAGUCUUGCCCUUUUGCUCAAAGGAGCCUGGUCUUUGGGGCUGCGUGAGAGACAAGUGCCUUCUCUGCUGCGCAUUGGAGAUGAUGCAAAUCUCUUCCUCAACCAGAACUUUGUCCCAGCCACUAACCGUUCUAACUCUCUCCACUCUGAUUCUCCUGCCCAAAGUCUGUUCCCUGGUUCCCUAGACAGCCUGAAAGAAGCUCUGUCUCUCCCCUGGGCAGUGAGGCUAUGACGGGAGGGAGGAAGAACAUGGGAGCAUGUGAAUAAAAUGGUAUUGAACACUGAACCAGGGAGUCUGGCCUCUACUGUUGCCACUCUUUUCUGUCUUUGCACCCCAAAACAAAGUUAGCCAGACUGACAAGUCCUCUGUCCCCUAAAGAUCUGAUAAAGGUACCCUUAUCAGACUGGACUGCUGUACACACACACACAGCCAGAGGAAGAGCUGUUCGGUCCUCUCUUUU